CUUGACCACCUGGUGGCACAUGCGCCAUAUCCCGAAGAGCCGCCUCAUCAAACGUUUUAUGAUUCGGAACAAAAAACUAUAGCUGCCCGAGGGUAGGCGACUUCAUCUAGGCCACGUUCAUUCUUAGACUAGUCCCAUUACAUAUGAUCACGUAUGUAUAAUUUGCUAUAAAGUAUGUAACUCGGGCGCUUCAUAUUUUUCUGACCCCUCUAACUCAUCAAGCCAUGCUUGCCGCCGUUCUGCUGCUCGCUCUGCCGUUCUGCAUCGCAGAGUCAGCUUCCAGUUAUGCAGGAUCAACCGUCGUUGAUUCUUAUCCUCCUCCCGGUGCCACCAACACUGCUGUUGACGGUUACUUCCCGGAUGCAUCUCAAGUCGGUUAUGCAGGUCCAACGCCUACUGGUGCUGAACCUGCGGCCAUUGUCACUGCUAUCCCGUUCUCUAAGGUCGAAAACGCAUUUCCCUUGUCGAGGCCCAAUUCAGCAGAUGGCGCAGACAUCACUUUCAAUGUGAUGCAUCACUGGGGCAACUUGGCGCCCAUGUACUCCGUGGAGUCGUUUGGUCUUCAUGGUGCAUCCCCCGUCAUCCCGGAAGGGUGUGGCAUCAACGCAGUGCAUCUCUUGAUGCGCCAUGGCGCCCGCUAUCCAACCACUGGCUCCGGAGUUGCUGACUUCGCCUCUGAUAUUCAUGCUGCUGCAUCGAAAGAAGGCUUCAGUGUCACUGGUGAUUUGAAAUUCUUGGCAACCUGGACAUAUAAGUUGGGCGCGGAGAUCUUGACGCCUUUCGGCCGCGACUCGCUCUUCAGCAACGGGGUUGCUUUCCGCUACAGAUAUGGCGAGUUGCUUAAUGCCUUCACGGACCUCCCAGUAUUUCGUACUACUUCUGAAGAUCGCAUGUUGGAUUCUGCCCUGAACUUUGCUGCAGGCUUCUUUGGGAUCAGAACUUACGAGACCGACUAUCACCAGGAGAUUAUCAUCGAGGAGAACAACUUCAACAACACCCUCGCUCCUUAUGAUGUGUGCCCUAACGUCAAUACGGAGGAUGUCGGCAAUUUCGGUGGCAUUCAAGGUGAUAAAUGGGCGAAUAUCUAUCUCAAAGAUGCUCGAAAGCGUUUGCAACCAAUGAUCAAAGGAUUUAAUUUGACUAUCUCAAGAUUGGUUGAUAUGCAGGAAAUGUGCGCCUAUGAGACCGUGGCCCUCGGAUAUUCCAAGUUUUGCGACCUUUUCACUGAGAAAGAAUGGGAAGGAUACGAGUAUUACGUCGAUCUUAAUUUCUGGUACAGCGAAGGACCGGGUAAUCCAACAGCAGCAGCGCAGGGCCUUGGCUAUGUUCAAGAACUAGUCUCACGUCUCACUCACACUCCCAUCAAUGUUUGGAACAGCAGCACCAACAGCACUCUUGACUCGAGCAACAUCACAUUCCCUCUUAAUCAACCUAUAUAUGUGGACGCUACCCACGACACGAUCAUUUCCAGUGUCGUCACUACUCUGAACUUUACUAGUCUAGCUGCAACUGGUCCUCUGCCAACCGACCAUAUACCCCCUCAUCGUUCUUACAUUGCAAGCCAGAUUGCACCUUUUUCCAGUCAGCUUGUAGCGCAGGUGCUCAGUUGCCCAGCCUCAGAGGAGCCGACUCAUAUCCGGUUCCUUCUGAACGAUGGUGUGGUGCCACUGACGGGGAUCCAUGGUUGCACGGAAGAUUCGAACGGUCUCUGCGCGCUGCCCAGCUUCAUCAGCGGGAUGCAUGAACGAAUUGGGGAGAUCAACUAUGCGCAUGAUUGCUUCGCCAAUUAUACCAUGCCCAAUCCCGACAACAUAAUCGAUGGAAGAUACCCUAGUUAAAAGGAUGAUAGGGUAUGCCACCUUUUUAAUGAACGUUAACCUCUAUAAUUACGCCACGUGAUGACCAUGUGCAUGUCACCUCAAGGCUCACGUGUUUAUUUCACAAUUCAUAUGAUCGAUGAUCAAUGAUCAGUGUAUCCGUUCAACCGCGGAUCCAGGUACUCUUCAGCUUCAACCUAGUUGUCGCUGUUUUUUUAGUAACUUUCUUCCCUUGGAACCUGUACAUGAGCCCUUGUUGUUUGACCCUUAAUAUUCUCACCAUAUAUCUUCCUUGAACAAUUUAAUCUUAUUACUUAAGUAAA